CGAGGGCCAUGUGUAUAGGUUCAAACUUCCUCCCGGGACGUUUCUCCUGUAUUAUGACAUAUCAGUGGAGCAUGUACUGUACCUAUCAACUGGUUGGUGCGGAGGAGGAGACUCCCAAUGACUUUUUACUGGGUUCGUCCACAGGAAGCGAGCGAUCCCCCGCAAACUUCCCCUUGUUCCCCGGUCGAUGUAAGGCUUCUAGAGACGGGAUCAUUCACUCUAGCUUGAGCUUGUUUCCAAGCAAGAGGUGUCUUUUGCAAGCACAACAAGACCGACACCAUCUACAAUUGGUAGAGGACCCUGGACUGGCCGCGCACCCUCCCGAAUGUCGAGAAUUUUGACCGACGAGCCGCUAGAAGGCCAGGCUUUGACUGGGCCACACGCCGAACUGCCUUUGACGGUUCUACAGUGAGUUCAGCGACUAUGACGCUCCCAAUUGUUAGAUCCUACCUCCCAUGAGUAUGACGAUGGAGAUUGCCGUGGGCGCACGCCGCCACUUAUAAGACGACCAUGGAAUAGGCUCGUGUUCUCGAACUAUUGCUCUGGACGGGAAAUCCUAACAAGGCCUUUCAUACUCAAAUCCUGUCCAUCAACAAGUGCUACAGUAUGGGUCUCUUCGCACCCAAACAGCCUUACUUUGGCCUGAAGGGUGGAUGGCUGACUUUCUGGAUUUCGGUCGCCUGUGCAACAGACAUGACUCUAUUUGGUUAUGAUCAGGGCGUGUUCGGCGGUGUUAUCGUCACCCAGGAUUUUCUCAAUGUCCACAACCUCGGUGGUCCGAGCAAGACAUCACUUCUUGGAACUGUAACAGCAAUUUAUGAUGUCGGAUGCUUUUUCGGUGCGAUUAUUGCCUUCUGGCUGGGGGAGAGGCUCGGACGGCGGAAAGCCGUUCUGAUCGGCACCACGGUCAUGAGUGUUGGUGCCAUUUUGCAAAUCACAUCCUUCAGCACCGCCCAAAUGAUCGUUGGACGGAUCGUGGCAGGCAUUGGAAAUGGAAUCAACACUGCCACUGCGCCCGUCUGGCAGACAGAGACAUCGGCCAUCAAGUGGAGAGGAAAGCUUGUGGUGAUCGAGUUGAUCCUGAAUAUCGCGGGCUUCUCAGUAUCAAACUGGGUGACAUACGGAUUUUCUUUUGUUGGUGGAGCAGUGGCAUGGCGGUUUCCGUUGGCGUUCAAUUCAUCUUCAUCAUCGUCCUCUAUGCAACCGUCCCUUGGCUACCGGAAUCGCCCAGGUGGCUCAUUGCUCACGAAUACGAAGAUGAAGCGUUCAAGAUCCUGGCCGACCUCGAGAACAGGUCGGAGAAUGACCCGUUCAUCCUGACCCAGCAUAAGGAAAUCGUGUAUACAGUGCAAUACGAGCGAGAGAACGCAGUCAAAUGGGCCGAUCUCCUGCGUGGCCGGACAGGCGAAAAGGGAGGCACAAAGACGAUGCGUCGCUUGAUCCUUGGUGCCGGAACUCAAGCCAUGCAGCAGCUCUCGGGCAUCAACGUCACCAGCUACUACCUCCCAACCGUACUGAUCCAGUCGGUGGGACUGGAUGAGAAAAUGGCCCGACUUCUCGCCGCGUGCAAUAGCGUGUCAUAUCUUUUGUUCUCGCUCAUCGGCAUCCCGAACGUCGAGAGAUGGGGUCGUCGAAACAUGAUGAUCUUCGCUUCCUCCGGCCAGGCAUUCUGUUACCUGCUUAUCACGAUCCUGAUUCGAUAUAACGAGAAGCCAGGAUACGCUCACGCCCAUGAGGUCGCCUCGGCGUCGGUGGCCUUUUUCUUUUUGUAUUAUGUCUUUUUUGGAAUUGGCAUGCAAGGCGUGCCUUGGUUGUAUCCAACCGAGAUCAACUCGCUGGCAAUGAGGACCAAGGGCGCAGCGAUCGGAACUGCCACAAACUGGAUAUUCAACUUUAUGGUUGUUGAGAUCACUCCCAUCGGAAUCCAAAACCUCCAUUGGAAAUUCUACAUUGUGUGGACCGUGCUCAAUGCCUCUUUCAUCCCUCUCAUGUACUUUUUCUACCCGGAGACCGCUGGUCGGUCACUUGAAGAUAUCGACGAUUACUAUCGUACCAACCCGCCACUCUUGGUCUUCCGAGACAAGGACGUCACUUCCAGCAAGAGACCCGACAAGUAUCGGAUCAGAGAAGAGGAAGAAGUGCGGAGAAAUUCUUCCGUGGAUCCAACGGUCUUCAGACGGGCAAGCAGAGUCAGUGCCGGCCUUGCUAGCGCUCAAGCCCGACAGGCUCAGCUGGCUGUUGCACGGCAGCAUGCUCAAGACGAUGACUAUGAAGGGAAGACAGAAGCAGGCGACGAUGACCAGGGCAGAGUUUAUUAUAAGGAACAAGUCUGAAAGUCAUGGUAGGUCUUAUAGCAACCACGGAUGCCGUGUUGCGUCGGACGAUGGGAGAUAUGCUUUGUGGAGCUGGCUGAUCUCGAGCCAUGGAAAAUGGAAGAUACUGCGGAAGCUCCCGAGUUUCGGAUUCGCUGCUCACAAUGCAAGAAGUGUCUCUCGAUGUAUCUCCAUGAUCUGCCAGAUAGGCGCGGGUCUACGGGAAACAUGUAGUUGACGGGCAGACCGACUGCAGGCGGAAUCAGGGUCUAGUGAAACGUACAUUUUUGCUGUCUUGCUCCUUAGUGAACCAGUUGUCCGUCACUAAUAUGAUUCUUGAAGAAUGAAAGACUGAACCUACCGGACCCAAUUCCACAGCAGGACUUGUUCAAUAUGACCGACUCAGGUUUGUUGGGGGAUUGAGACCGUGGACAGUGGGCUCCCUAGGCCUUCCCUUCGCGUACUGUGGGUGUAAG